CCGCGUUAUCCGGGCACCCACUUUGCGACUGUUUGUGCAGCGUAAUAAUUUCGCGCCAGUCGAGAAAGCGUCUCCCCACCGCCCCCAUGCCGCAAGUCACCGUACACCGCGCGCACUCCCCCAUCGUCUGGCACGGAAAGCUCAAGCAGCACCGGUCCCUCGCAGAAUGGGUCGCCAGACUCGCGCCCCGUCUCCAGCUCGACGCCUCCCCCCAGCAGCUCCGCAUAGCACAUGUCCGCGACGGCGGCCGCGAGGUAGACAUAUGGGAUGACUACGACUUUGACGCCUUCAAGUCCAGAGCGGCAGCCCAGUCCGCCCCUCUCGUCGUCAAGGUCUAUCCCCCGGGCGCCAGUAGCGAGCCUGGCGCCUCGCCUGCCACGGCAGCGCCGGCCAGAAAGCCUCGCAAGAAGGCGGUGCCGUCCGACGACCAGCCUGCGCCCGGCACACCACCGUCCACCAAAAAGGACAAGGGAAAGAGCAAGGCUAGCCCUCAAUCCCAGAACCUAGCAGCGCCUGUACUCCAGCCUCAACAGCCUUCCACACCAACCGCUGCACCCAAAUCCAAGAAACGCAAGCGGGAUUCCACGUCGUCCGCCGCCGAACCUCUCCCCACGCGCGCUCUUCCCGUGCAACCGACACCGACCGGCCCUGGCCGCCAAAGCACGUCGCCUCAGCAGCCCAAGAAAAGAAGGAAGCGAGGAGCAAAGUCGGACGCUGCCCUAGCUCCUGCACCUCCCCCAGCAAACCCGUCUGCCCCUGCCAUCGCCAGCCCAUCUCGGCCGUUUACGUUCAGUCUUCCGUUACAAGGAUCUGCAGCGUUCAUCAAUCGAUAUAAACCUGCCAAGCCUAGUCCUCUGGGUAGGAUCGAUGGGCCCCCGGUUUUGGCCGGCGAAACUGCCUCGACGUCUUCCUCUCCUGCCGCCAAAGAAACCCUCCAGCCUUUAACCGAAUCUGGCAAAAAGAGCAGAAAACCCAGAAAGAGAAAGGAGAAAAAGGAGGAGGGCGUCGGAGGUGUGCCCGCCUCUCCGGCUGCUUCCUCAGUUGCGCCCAGUCCGGCGCCAUCAUCGAGUAAGAAGCAAAAAAGUAGACCUAGUGUGACCGAGGAGAUUAUGAGGAAGCAGAGAGAAAAGAUGGCGGCUGAAGAGGCCAAGAAACAAGCUGAAAACGCGGAUAAGGCAAAUGCCAAGGGCAAAGAUAAAGAAAAGGCUACCGACAAGCCAACUGCCAUGCCAGCCGCUUCUACUUCUAUCCCCUUGACACCUUCCAAGGAGUCCACCACGCAGCCAUCUACACCUGAGCUUUCAACACAAAGCCCAUUGACCAAAACCAAAAAAGAAAAGAGUCCCAAGACUCCCAAAGUUAACAGGGCUUCGGAAAUCAUGAGGAUGUUCAGGGAAAAGCAAGCUGCAGAAGCAGCUGCUAAAGCCGCUGAACAAUCUAUCCCUCCCGUCGUCCAAACGGUUCAGCCUGAACAACCUUCAGUCUCGUCUGCUCAGCCAUCUACAGAGCAUCUCUCAUCUACCCCUGCAACCCCAGCGUCCGCUCUGGAGUCUAAAAAACCCUCAUCGGCCAAACCUAAAGCGGCUCCUCGACCUAGCAUAACUUUGGAGAUAAUGAGGAAGCAGAGAGAGAAAAUGGCUGCUGCAGAGACUCAAGCCGCUGAAAAUGUUGAGCAGGAAAAUGCUGGAGAAGCUAUGGAUGUCGACCAGCCUCGGGAAAAAGCUCACAUCCCACUGGUUGAGCAAUCCAAGCAGGGCCAAGCUGAGCAGAAUACACUCCAGCUAGAGCCCCAGUCAGAAAUCCAAACAGAGUCAGGGCCGGUCGCACCACCUCUCGUCUCCCACGGAUUUGCCACAGUGCCUCAAACACCCACCCAGUCUUCAGUUCAGCCUUCCAACACGAGCUCUACCACAAAAAAGACCAAAUCCGGACGGCCCAGCAUAACGUCAGAGAUAAUGAGGAAGCAAAGAGAAGCGAUGGCGCAACAAGCAGAGAAGGAGAAGGAACAAGAAGAGCAAAUCGCGACACGGGACGAUGGGGAUAAGGAGGCAUCUCAAACAGCUAGUAAACCCAAACAACCUCAGUGUUUGAUUUGCCAUGGUUCGUCUCAUCCUCAAAAGGACUGCCCGGUCGUCAAAGCUGGUGUACCCCGUCUCCAGCAGGUCUUGCUUGAGCGGAAAGAGGAAGACGAAAGCCCAGAGGCCGCAGUGGCAGCUAUCGAGAUGUGGAUCGACCGCUUGGGUAGAGUUACAAGCGCCCUCAUGGGAACGCCUGUAACCAAGGGCAAAGGAAGGCCAUCAUCCGCCGGUCUCACCACGCAGGCAAAACAGACUCCUUCCCAAGCUGCCUCUGCUCCAGCUGUCGAGACCGAGUCAUCCGCAUCUGAAUCUUCCAAAUCUCCUUCUCCCACUCUUCCAAAAGCCGCCAGUCCGGUACCUACGUUCCCCCCCAUUUAUCACAAAGCGCUCUCUAGAAAAGCUGGGUCCACGUCGGGACUCAGCGUUUCUGAUGCGGUGAUUGAAACGGGCAGCUCGGGCAGCUCCGCGUCAGAGUCGAGCGAAGAUGAAGGCGGCUCGGUCGGAUCCGGAUCUGGAUAUGGGUCGGAGAGCGAGACUGAGAGCGAAAGCUCUGCUUCUAUCCAGGGCCAAAACGCCAUGUCUCGAUCUGGUUCAACAUCUACCUCUUCUUCUCCUCCCCCAUCGUCCUCCUCCCCAUCGCCUCCUCCCCCUGAUCUCUCCAAGCUUGAUCCUCAAGCUGCGCUACGUCAUUUCCUGACUGCCCCUCUCUCCCAAAAACAACGCCGUGCUGCUCGUGAUUCUGCUGCUCACAUGCAAGUCGUCGACACCCAAGACGUGGAAAUUGAAGAGGCGUCCGAAGUCGAGUCCGACGAAGACGGGACGAAUGCGUCGUUUGCAAGAAUCAGGAUGGACGACGAAGAGAGUUUAGUGGGGGAGUUUGAAGACGACGAAAAGGAGGAGGAUGAGGUGGAAGACGUGGAAGAAGAACCGCGCGAUGAACAACCCCCGGCUUUACCUCAAGUUCAGCAGUCCGAGUCCGAUGAUGAGAUGCAACUGGAUGUGGAAGGAUCUCAGCCUGUGCUUGAGCAGGAAUCUGCGCUUCAACCCAGAGCCGGACAGGAGGAGGAAGAAAUUCGCAUAGACGUCACAAAUACGGAAGCCGAGCCUAUGGAUGUCGACCAACGGCAAACGCCGUUAAAGACCACUCAGUCUCCGCCGGAAUCCUCCCCGCUUUCGUUCCACGAGGGAUCCAGACAGUCCUUCAAUGACUUGGCGGCUUUGGCUAGUCCAUCCACCCAGCAUCGCGAGCUUCCCGGGGACGCCGCAGUGCGCGAGGCAAUUGCAGAGGACGAGGCUCCGGUUCGCGAUGCUAUGAGACAAGAUGAUGACGUUCAUCCAAAGCAACGCAUUCCAAACGGAGUUCAGGAACCUGUUCUCACGCAGCAACUCAUGUCGCCCCCGUCCUCAGUGGCUGAACGCGAAGACGAAAUUGAGCCCUUGCCUGCUACUCAGCUUGUGCAGCGCUUCGAAGACGAGGAGGGACAAGGAGAAGCUACUCCGAUAGCCAAGUCCAAGGCCCCCGUUAGGAGAAGUACUCGCCAGCCAUCAAGACAGCCUUCUGUCGCCAGAGACGAUAUUCCUUCGCCUCCUCGUCGGCGCCUGAGAUCAGCCUCGCGCGAACCUGCACUUGUCCCUGAACCACCUCGCACGAGGAUGACCCGGUCAUCUUCUCAGCAACGUGUUGUCCCUCCUUCUCCCCACGUGCCUAUAAGACGAAGCACGCGACGAACGGUAUCAUCCCAAUCCGAUGUCUCACAGCUGUCAUCUUCCCAACUCGAACCUUCUUCCCCAGUUCAGUUGCAUGCCACUCUUACACCCGCUACGCUAAGACGGUCAUCGCGAAGGCAAACUACCCCACUGAGAUCGUCACAGGUCGAUGAGCUUGAUCCUUCCUCCCCGCCUCCAGCAAGUCAGCAACCCAUCGAAGAGUCGCCACUCUUCAUCCCCGAGACACAGCUACAGCAUAGCCAGCCGCAAUCUUCUCAGAGUCAAUCGCUCAAUUCUCAGCGAUUCUGGAGGAUUUCCGGUGAGGAGGAAAAUCCCUUAUUCAUGUCCCAAGGGUCACAGAUCCCCCAGACCCAAGCUUAUAAUCUCUAUCCUAAUAUCGAUUCCUCAUCGGAUGUGGGCGAAACUCCCCGGGGGGCAAAGAUUGGCAUCGAGGGAUCAUCGCCGUCCAACGACAAACAGGGCGAAGGAAAGAGAGCGAAUUACCUCAGUGUUUCUAGCCCGAUUUUGGAAGAGGACGAAGAGGAACAAAAUGCGUUGGUCGACACGGAGAAACACGAGCAGACGUCUGAAUCGGGGGUUGAUGAGCACGAUGAUCAGUCAGUGGAUGCAUCAGAAGCGUCCUCAGAUGAUGAAGGGUCAUCAAUAUCUAUUCCUAUUCCUAGGUCACAGCCUAUAUAUCCAUCCCUCCCACGCUCAUCUCUUUCCUUUUCCCAACCUGUCGCAGCUUCGCAGCCAAGCACCGGUUUCCCAACUCUAUCCAGUCUUCCUCGCGAGGCUCUACGACGUAUGAAGUCUACCUUUGGGUUCUCAAGUUCUCAGCCUGAAACCAGCAAAGAAAAGACAAGCAGGCAUAUGAACGGUGCGGGUGAUGAGAGCGAGUCAGAGACCAGCGGGGACUCUAGUGAUGAAGAGCCGGCGUCGUUGAGGGGCAGGUUUGCAGGGACAAGGGCUCGAAAGGUGAAAAGUCAGGGAGCAGUGAAGGGAUGGUAGACGACAGACAUUGCUAGAUUAGCUCAUAUAUAAUGCAUCUUGGGAUUUACGUGACGCGUGCAAUCAGUGAAACGCUAUGAAACCAUACUUGAUUUGUCC